AUGGAUAUUGUUGGUUCUAUGAUGGACAUCAAAAUGAAGUUCAAGCUACUGCGACAUAGGUGCGCAGCUGCCUUCGAAUGGGUUGGAAUUCUUCCAGUCACCUUCAUAACGCUCGCGAUGCUUCUUCUGCCAACAGUGAUGCCCCGUGCGAUUCUCCGGGUCUCGUUUCACCAGAAGGCAGUGAGAUGGUAUUUUGAAGCUGGCUGGUUGUGGAAAGAAGACACGGCCGAGCUUUCCAGAAGAGGUUGCGAUAUCCUUUACUUUGCCGAGUCUCACUGCUCAUGUGCAGAUGACAUUGUCGCAGGCAUCAUGGAAGCCCGCACCGAGACAAUCUAUGCAGAUAAAGACUGGAAAGUCAUCAAGGAUCCAAAGAUGACAGCAAAUAGCAUGCACUACACUGCGUGGUCGAGUCACCGAGAGCUACGCACUGCUGCCGAGUUGCAUCAAAGGCAUGUGCCCCUUCUCCGGAAACUGCUGCGCGAGGGCAUUGCAGCAGUGCUGACAGCACAUCCAGAUCUCAGGAGUGAAUCUGAAGUGGCUGUGUUUAUGCACUUUCCGCCCAACAUCUUCCGCCUGCAUGUACAUUUCGUUCCGACAAACAGGACGAUGUGGGCGCCACGAGAAGAAGUUAUCCAACUGAUUCCACUGCUGGAGUCUUUGCAAGAGGCUUCUCCAAGUCCUGUGCUUUACCCUCCGACGAGGCGAGCUACGUUUUGGCACCGCCCUUUGAGCUGCAAGUCAUGGGGCUGA